AUGUCGGUAGCUCUCGGAUCCUCGUCGAUACGCACUGCGAGUGCUGCAGCAGCAUCCUCGUCUCGCAGCGCCUUGAACCCAGCAAAUGGCAGCACGCGCGCCUUCUCGGCCUCCGCAAGUGCCGCUGCCAAGCCGCGCAAGCAGCGCAACUCCAACGACCCCAUGGCGCUUCGCAAGAUGGGCAAGUUCAACUACGACGAUGUGCCGACGCUGGGCCACUUGAUCCUGCAGCGCAAGCGCGAGACGCUGCAGCUGCUGCGCACGAUCGAGUUCGAAAUUCCUAAGCUCGCCGGUAUGCGUCAGGCGUACAAGCCGCCCACGACGGCGCAGUGUGUCCAGUACCGCUUCCAGCACUACCAGGGCGAAAAGCACCCGGCCUCGCGCAAGGUCGUGCUCAACGUCAGCGUCGAUGCCCUCGCCAACGCCGGUGCUGUCAAGGACGAAAAGUCGCGCCACAAACUCCUGCUUCUUGCAGGCAGCAGGUUCCACCCCACCGCCACACCGGCUACGUCGCAGGAACAGCCCAAGGGUGACAUCAAGAUCUCGUGCGAACUCUUCCCCAACGAGAGACAGAACAUGAAGUGGUGCUCCGACACGCUCGAUGCACUCAUCAAAGAGGCUAAUGUCAGGACGCCAGACGUGGAUGCGCUCCCGCUCGACCCAAGGGCCAGCCUCAUCCGCCAGGACAAGAAGCGCCACUACCUCCGCGCCGACCGCCCAACGCUCAAGCACUUCCCCAAGCACUGGUUGUGA